AAAGAAAGAAGGGGGAACAAUUAGGACUCAUGUCUUGUCCAUGAUAACCCCAGGCAGGCCCUCAGGCAAAAGAGCGAUUUCUCAGAUGAGAAAACUCUUUUCACGGCAGAGAGAUAGAGAGACAACGAACAGCUAGGUUGGUCUGUACCUAACGAGUCAAUUAUUCGGAGUCUCAUAGUUUUGAUCCAAACAGUGACCAUUUGAAAUCGUAAACAGACGUGAAAUCCAAUUCCAGAUCCUUUCAAUUUCUCAAACCCUAUUGCAUUUUGUCAGAUGCAGAAAGCAAAUACGAGAGACAAAGAGAGAGAGAUUUGGUAGGUUAGAUACAGAUUUACAUAUGGGAAGAAACUUUGUAUAUCAAACUAGCAUUGCCCAUAACGUAUAACUGGUAAAAGUAGUCACAGAGAGAGAGAGCGAGAGACAGGUUCGUCUAUGGCCGGGAUCUUUGAGUACUUCGUUGUUUGUGGGUUGGGUCCGGAGAUUCGAACCCUAGAGGGGAACAAAGGAUUCCAUGGGACAGGGAUCUUGUACUUGCCUUCUCUCCUCGAUCAGUACCCUUCUUCCAAUCACUCUCUCUACCCUCCGCCGCCUCCACAGCUUCCCACUUGUGUUCUACCAGCUGGUGUGGAGUUCUAUGCAACAGGCUUUGAUUCUAAUGAUGUUUCAACUUUUCCACGGAGUUAUCCCAUUGUUUUAACUGAGGGUGAUGGGUCUAAAAUCUAUGUCAGUUGCAUUGCUUUUCGAGAUCCAGUUAGCGAGGAUAUUGCUGAAGCUUAUCGCAUUAAUGCAAAUUCAUUUGCUGACAAAUGUAUCUGUCUUGUUUCACGCUCGCCCGGUUUUCGUAUCCUUCGAAGUGCUUUGGAGGAGCUUUUUGUACUUUGUUUUUCCCCUACGGGGAGUAGCAAGCCACUAUGGGAUGUUAUAUCAUAUAUGGUAUCCAAUGUACCUCUGCCUACUCCUGGAAGGGAUCGAGUUCUGUUUGCCAUUGAGAAUAGCCUGCUUGCUGUUGAGGUUCCACCAAGAGAAGGGCUCCCACAUGCUGAUAUAUCGUUUCAACCUCUGGUACAGUGCUUAGACGUCGACAAUUUCAUUAAACUAUUUACAGCUGUCUUGCUAGAAAGGAGGGUCUUGCUUCGAUCUAACAAGUAUUCUCUUUUAACUCUUGUCUCAGAAGCCAUAUGCCAUUUAAUAUAUCCAUUUCGGUGGCAGCAUGUCUACAUUCCAUUACUAUUUUUCAGUGGAGUAGACUAUAUUGAUGCUCCUACACCAUAUAUGAUGGGUCUUCAUUCAGGUGUUGAUACUACUGGUCUGACAAUGGAUGGUGUAGUUGUUGUGGAACUUGAGCAUAAUCGCAUCACCACAACGGAGGAUAUUCCUCCCUUACCAGAGCCAGAAUUAAGUUCUUUGCGUGUUGAAAUAAUGAAGUUAUUAUAUCCAAAUGUAGUGGGGAUAGACCAGAUGAAGGCCAGCCUAGUGAAUUCAUCUGAGCAAUAUCCCAGAGGUUGCAGCAAGCCUUGGGGAGAAGAUCAUGACCUUCAACUUAGGUUUAUAUUCCUGAAGUUUUUUGCCUCGAUUUUAGGUGGCUACCGCAAUUUCAUUGAAAAUACAGGAACUCAUGUCUUCAACUCUCAAGCAUUUUUGAAGAAGCGUUCUCGGUCAACCAACCAACCAUCGGAUCCCAUGUUGUCACAGUUUUUAGACACACAAGGCUUCAUGGACUAUUUGGAGAGAGGUCUAGGUUCUGAUGAAAGCAUGAAUAAUCUUCUUGACAAGUUACAAGAUGCAACUGGAAGAGGUCAAAAUCCUCUAUCAAUUAUACCCACUCCUUUGGCAGAGCCUGAGACUAUAACCAUAUCAGAUCCCGGUGUAGGAAUAUCAGGGUCGGGUGCUAAAUAUAUUUAUGAUAGAUUUCCUACAAAUAUUAGAACAGAAGAGCAGGAAGAAAAGAGGAGGCAAAUUCUUGCAGCAGCAAUUGGAGCUGUAACUCAUGCUCCCAAUUCACCUUCUGUGGACCCCAAAGCAGAAAGUCUGAGUCCAAGGGAGAGGGCUGCUGAACGGGAGCGCAUGGUUUUAGACAUAAAAGUGAAGCUGCAGGGUUUAUGGCUUCGUCUUUUGAAAUUGGGACCAACUGACGAUCCUCUUUCAUCAUUUGAAUAUGGAACUAUCCUGGCUUUGAUUGAGUCUGAUGCUGAGGGGAUUGGCGGUAGUGGCUUUGUUGAAUGCAUAAGGGAGCAUAUACAUUCAGGAUGGCUCUGUCAAUUAACUGAGGAACAGUUUAUUGCUGUGAAAGAACUGCUUAAAACAGCAAUCACUCGUGCAACCUCCCGGAAUGACAUGGCGACUGUUAGAGAUGCGCUUGAAGUGUCUUUUGAAAUGUAUAGAAAAGACACCAAUUAUGUUUCAGACUAUGUCCAACGCCAUCUUCGUUCUCUUUCUAUCUGGGAGGAGUUACGGUUUUGGGAAGGGUACUUCGAUUAUCUAAUGGAUCGCUCUUCAAGCAAGUCAGCCAAUUAUGCGACAUUAGUAUCAGCACAGCUAAUCAUAGUUGCAAUACACAUGGCUGGGUUAGGACUUCCUGACAAUAAUGCUUGGUAUAUGAUUGAAACAAUUGCGGAGAAGAACAAUAUUGGAUACAAGCAAAUUAUAAAAAUCAGGGGAGGCCUGUCACAUAACCAGCAACGGUGUAUUGAUUACUGGGGCACCUAUGCCUUAAAGGCCCAGUCAUUGUCAUCCUAUGGACUGCCCUCCCCACAUUCACAAGAUGCCAGUGAUGACAGUCAGCAACCUGCUGAGGCUUCUGGUGUGGGUAGGAGCUGGGUCCAGAGCAUGUUUACUAGGGAUACGUCAUUAAGAGCAAACUCUUUUAGUCGUGUUCGUAAAUGGACUUCUGACAGUGCUGCAAAUGAGAAUGGGACUCCACGCAAGCAUGACCUACCUACUGCUGGGCAAAAGAAAAUACAAACCAGUGUUCGCAUUCUUAGGGGUCAUAGUGGUGCUGUGAGUGCUUUACAUUGUGUAACAAGAAGAGAGGUGUGGGAUCUGGUGGGUGACCGUGAAGAUGCAGGUUUCUUUAUCAGUGGAAGCACUGACUGCUCGGUUAAGAUCUGGGAUCCUAGUCUUCGUGGUUCUGAACUUAGGGCAACUUUGAAAGGACAUACAGGAACUGUCAGAGCAAUAAGUUCUGAUCGAGGGAAGGUGGUAUCAGGAUCUGACGAUCAAUCUGUGAUAGUAUGGGAUAAGCAAACAACUCAACUUCUAGAAGAGCUGAAGGGCCAUGACGCCCAGGUUAGCUGUGUGCGGAUGCUGUCUGGUGAACGUGUUCUCACUUCUGCGCAUGAUGGAACUGUAAAGAUGUGGGAUGUAAGAACUGAUACAUGUGUUGCAACUGUUGGCCGUUGCUCAAGUUCUGUUCUUUGCAUGGAAUAUGAUGACUCAACUGGAAUUUUGGCUGCAGCUGGCAGAGAUGCGGUUGCAAACAUUUGGGACAUCCGUGCAGGCAAGCAGAUGCACAAGCUUUUAGGGCAUACGAAAUGGAUCCGGUCAAUUAGAAUGGUUGGGGACACUUUAAUUUCUGGUAGUGAUGAUUGGACAGCACGAGUGUGGUCUAUUUCUCGAGGAACAUGUGAUGCUGUUCUAGCUUGCCAUGCUGGUCCUAUUCUGUCUGUGGAAUACUCGAUAUCAGACAAAGGAAUAAUAACAGGUUCAACCGAUGGACUGCUCCGAUUUUGGGAAAAUGAGGAUGGAAGUAUAAGAUGUGUCAAGAAUGUUACUAUUCAUAAUGCUUCUAUAUUGUCUAUAAAUGCUGGCGAACAUUGGUUGGGGAUCGGAGCAGCUGAUAAUUCAAUGUCCCUCUUCCAUCGGCCUCAAGAGAGACUUGGUAGUUUCUCUAGCACUGGAUCGAAGUUAGCAGGAUGGCAACUCUAUCGAACACCACAGAGAACAGUUGCAGUGGUAAGAUGUGUGGCAUCAGACCUUGAAAGGAAAAGGAUUUGCAGUGGUGGUCGUAAUGGGCUGCUUAGAUUGUGGGAUGCCACUAUCAACAUUUAAGUUUCUUUUGUACUUUAUGUACAUCUCAUACUCUAAUUUUGUAUCGAAUCUCAAGCUAUUACUUUUUUCACUGCUAUGGAAGCGUAUAUGUUGUGUAAUGCCGUUUGCUUGGUUUUCUUUGUUUUACUAAUCCUGUGCCAAUUAUUGUAAUCUUGUCGAUUCUAUGUUAAAAAAUAAUAAUAAUAAUAAUAAUCAGGCGACACCCUAAUUGUUAAUACA